AUGCUUCCAGAGCGGGCGAAUCCAAAUCAAGUUUUGGCCGAAACUUGCCGUUUGCAGACUCGAAACGACAUCCGCGACUUGUCCUCCGACUUUUCCGACGAACGUCAGGAGAUGGAUCAGACGAUCACGGAAGUGAGCAAAGAGCUCAAGUUGAAGUGAGUUUCGAAUAGGAAAACCUCUUUUUCUCGCUUUUUUCCCGCCAGAUUCCGAUUGUAACACGAUACAAUUCGCCCGUAUUCUCUUUCUUCUCCUCAACUAAUUCAUUCAUUUGCAUUCAAUUUUCAACGUUUCAACGACACUCCCUUCAUCUCAUUCACUUUCUAUUUCAGAUUGCUAAUAGUCGACAACUUCAUUCCGCGUGACGUGAGCGAACGAAUCAAAGACCGUGCCGAGUGGAACGACGACGAAUCCACGUGGAAUGUGAAGUCGUUCCAGUCCACUUCCACGUCUUCUACUCCGGUUAAUGGUCAGUUUCAGUAAGAUAUUACUUAAGAUAGUUAGUUAGCAAAAGUAAUGUUGUAUGUUUCAAAUGUAUCGGAUAGUUGAAACCGGCAUCCGUCUGUUCAAUUGCAUACAUUAUUUGUUUGAAACAGGAAAUUGUUUGUUCCCUCGUUCACCACAUUUCAUCUAAACUGUUCCGUUUUCAACCAAUUCCAGAUGACAGUGUCCAAAUUUGCGUCAUCCGUGCACUUCUGUUCCAUCAUACUCUCAAAUUAUUCUACCAAUCCACCCGAACCAGUUUCUCCUUAUUCAUCUCUUUCUUAUUUUCAGCAUCUGCGGAAGUGAACGAAGACGGCGUGCUGACGCGUUCUCUCGGAGCCGACAGCGGAGUUUCCGUGAGCGGCGGCAACGGCUCUUCGACGGCGUCGUCGCAGUUUUUGGAUAAAAGACUGGUGAGCGGAGGGGAGGGCGCAGAGAAAAGAGACAUUCGGCCGGCACACAAACUGCCUCUGAUUAUGGACGCGAAAAGAAAAGAGCACGAGGCACGCGAUUCGCGUGUUGUUUUCUAUUCCCUUUCGCGCUUUACAAGCCCAUUGAAUCUUGAAGACGACAUUCCAUUUCAUGACUGAAACUGAAAAAGCAAACAUUUGUGGCUCAAACACCAAACUGAUAUUUGUUCAGGUGGCUACUCCCGGCUGCCGGAGGCCCAUGUCGAUGUGCGAGCGAUUGCUCGUCGACAAGGCGAGAGAGCAGCUCGCCGCGGAAAGGAGACCGCCCAUUUCUGGUGAGCACUUUUUCGCUUUUUUUUUUUUGAAUAAUUUCUGGUGAAUUUCUGGACACAGGUGAAAUGCGGUUUAGCAAUUAUACAAUUGCGCCAAUUCUAGACAAAUCCUGAACUUUGGGAAUUUGGGAAUUUUUGUUUAGAUUUGCCGAGAAUUUGUCUAGAAUUAGCGCAACUGUAUAAUUGCUAAACUUCUUCAGCAGUGAAGGAAUAUUGACUGUCGUGAUGGUUGGAGGGAAUGAGAGUUUUGUGAAACUGUAAUGUUUUACGAUACAUGUUGCCCUAAUAGUAAAUUUAGAAAGUUUGACUAAUGAUAAUGGCACGAGGAAACCGAAAAGUAAAACUUUUUCCGAAUCUCUCUUUAGGAAAGGUGACUCAUAGGGCCGUUCCGCAUGGGUCAUGUGUUCCACAGAUCAAAUGAUCUGAACCCCUAAAAAUGAAUUCCGUUUCAAAGUCCUUUCAAGUUUUCGCCAAAACCAAAUGUGCCGAAUCAGUUACGUUUGCACCAAUUUCGCCGCGAUUGCCCUCAAAACGCUCUCAUCACUUUGCUCUCACCGGAAACCCGUCCGUCUGUCUGUUUAGCUACGUGUCUCUUCCCGUCAGUUGUCAUUUGCAUCUUUCGUCGCCGCCGCCGCCGCCGCGUUUUUUUUUCCAUUCUCACUGGAGGUUUGAAUGAAACACGUAUACUUGUUGUGACAAACUCGAAAUGGAAAAUCACUUCUUUGAAAUUCGCUUUUUUUAUUGCAGGAAGCGGCGCGCACGUGGAAGUGCUCAUUCCGGACGAAACGAUUCGGUUCUGCGGCGAGAACGUCGUGGUUUUCAGUGCUUUGGAGCGAUUCGUUCCAGAUGUGACGGACGCCGAUCCGGCAUUCAUGAGCUCGACGAUCGUGAGUUUUUAGAGCGGGAAAUAAAGAAGAGAAAAAGAAAGAGAGGGGGGAGAUCAAAGACGGAUUAGAUGAUGAGCAGUUUUUGACCGAUUUUAUACGCACACCUCUUUUCUAUAAGCCUCAUUUAUUUAUUUCCCUCUUCUUCUUCUUUUCAUGUAUUCUGUUUUGCAUAGUCCCUCAAAACUUGUUUCAUAAUAAUAGGCACCAAAUUUUGAGGACUACUGUACUUGUGAAAGUAAUGUGCUAUUAUUUUGGUGUCUGAACAAAUGGGAAACGUGAAACGGUGAUAGUUUCAUGUUGUUUCGAAGCCGGAAUCUAAUUAAGAAAAACAAUUUAUUACAUUGGUAUUUCGAUGUUUCACAAAUCGCAUAACUUUUGAGCAAUUCCUCGAAACUACAAUAUAGACAUACCUUGUAAGUAUUUCAGUCAGAACGUCGUCCCUCAAUCGAGAAUCUGACGAUCGACGCGUCGAAAGUGCUGGUGCCGAUCUCGACGCCUCCCGCGCACAAGUCAGUUUCCGCCCCUUCCCCAUCCCAUUUUCCAUCUUUUUCACCGUUUCAGGAGCUCAAAAAACGGUGCAGCCCGCAACGACACUUUGAAAAUGCCGCCGAACGGAAGGAACGCGCAAAACUAUUAA